GCAGAAAUGACACAACUCACCAACUUCAGCGAAUCGUUCUCGAAUCAAAAUUCGAAUCUUCACCAGCCCUACAACUUCAACUCACAUCAGCCACCAGAAGAAAAUCAUUAUUAUGUACGAGAACCAAAUGGAAAACGCCCGUUUCCCGUUGAAUUUGAGUUGGACAUGGAAUAUGUUCCGAGAACGAAGAGAAGGUUCGAUAAAAUAAGCGCCUGCCUGGAAAACUUCUCAAUUUCAAAUGACAAACCGUCGCCAAUCAAUAUUUGCAGGGAAUCAUCGUCCGACGAAGAAAUGGAUGAAGUUUACGACGAUUCAAACUUUGACCAAUGCACUGAAUCAACUUCUAUUCCAUUGGUGGUUGAGCCAGAUGAUGAGCCGGCAGUAGCCAAAAAGAUUCGAUUGGAUGAAUCUAUUCAACGAUACUUUGAAAAGUGCCGCCAGGGUCCUAUUGAUUUCUUACCAAAACCAGAAAAGUUGAAAGGAAAUGAAAUGGUUAUCUGGCAGCCGCGAAUUCUGGUUUCACCAAAGAACGACUUCAAUAUGGCUGGUCGAAUACAAGAGAUUGACGACGAGGAGGAAGAUCGAGUUAACGAAGAGAUCAAGACUCGUAUCAUUGAGAAUGAAGGCAUGAUCGAUGAAGACACGCGCAACGAAACAACGGGAAUCGUUGAACUGGGCACCGGCUCGGAUCACAGCGAUAUUGGAUCUUCGUGGAGCUCUCCAAUGGCUUCGCCAACUGGUUCUUCUCAAAUUGUGGAACUCGAUCCUGAUUCUCCGAACAGUUUGACAAACGGAAGUGUGACUGAUGAAGAAAUGAUGGAGUUCGAAUGAUCUCACUGUAUAUUAUUCACGGGUUAUUAUUCGAAAACAAUGUAAUGUAAUGUAUAGAAUUUAAUUUAACCGUUGAUUUGUUCUUGUUUGUUUCUUAUUUACGUCUUUCAAUAUGUUCUACUGGUCAAUAUUUGAAUAAACUAAAUAAAUUUAAACACCUU